AUGGAAGACGAAAUUGAGGAAUGUAUCAGAAAAAAGACACAGUGGUCGCAAUUACCAGCGACUGUAAAAAAGCUGUUGGGUGAUUCUUCAAAAGAAUAUGAAAGGUACAUAUUCGAAUUUAGUAUUAAAAAUCAAUUGAGGUACAGAGGGAGCCUUGUGAGGACAGUUCGGAAAGAUGAGAAGAAGUAUUAUGAGACACUUGUGCAGAGCAGCAUACAGAGGCUCAUGCUCUACCCCUAUCACUUAGCAGAUAUGAUUGUGAAAGGUUUGAGAAUAACCCCAUUCAUUUACUAUGUGGAGGUGGUGGCGCUCCUCAUUGAGCUGGAGAAGAGCUAUGACACUAUGCCCAACUUCACUGCUGCUGACUGUCUCCGAUUGCUAGGUAUUGGCCGGAAUGAAUACUUAGAGCUGGUGGCCAAAGCCAGGUCUCUAGGUCGCCGAGGACGUGCCAAGGCCAUCCGCUCCCUACUCCCACGCGUACCUCUCAAUAUACCCAUGCAACCGUGGUGGAGAGUCGAACUUGGAUAUGUUCUAGAAGAUGAUGUCAAGCCUCUAGGCGAGAGCGAGAGAGCGCUAAUAGACUUGCUAAUCGACCGCGGCUCGCAGACAGCCGGCACCCUAGACUACUAUGUCGUCAAGACUCUGUACAGGCGCGGUCUAAUCUACCUGGACGUGCCAAUAACGGCCGCUGACAAGGUGUCAGUGCCCCCCCUCAAAGGAUUCGUGAUGAACCGCAUCGCCGGCGACUACUUCGAGACGCUGCUGUAUAAAGUGUUCGUCUCUAUUGAUGAGCAUACCAGUGUCGCUGACUUGGCGGCUGUUUUACAGGUGGAAUGCGAGUUAGUAAAGCAAGCAGUGUCGCUGUACUGCCGCCUGGGGUUCGCGAACAACCUGCAGCCCCCGCCUGUGUCCCCGCAACACCCGUCCUGGAGGGACGCCGUCACCACACAUAACCAUCAGCCAUACAGACAGAUAGCCCCAUUAACAUUCGACCCCAACAUGGAUGACGACGCGCUGCAAAUGGAACCGAUCCUCAUCAAAAAUCAUCAAAUGCCGUCUACUUCGAAACAGAGUCCAGACGAAAUAACGGAGCCUUCAAACAACGGCGGUCAAAGAGUUGCCAUUUUGUUCGACUCUACAUUAGCAGCUUACCUUAUGAUGGGAAAUCUGUCUCCAGAUCUAAAGAGUCAUGCGGUAACGCUGUUUGAAGUCGGUAAGCUGCCUGAUGAGAGUCUGGACAGCUUACUCAUGGAGUUAGAUAAGGUGGUGGCGGACCCCGAGAUCGAGGGCGAGGCGCGGCGCUACCUGGCGGCGGCGGCGUGCCUGCGCGCGGCGCUGCGCACGCUGCGGCCGCGCCUGCGCCCGCUCGACCUGCUGCGCUGCGAGGCCCUGCAUGCGCUCGGCGCCGCCGCGAGGGCAAGACUGCUGGCUACUAAGUACAAACUAGCAGUGUCGACGGCCCCGCUGUGCCGCGAGGCGCGCGCGGGCGCGGCGGCGGGGGCCCUGCCCCACAUAGGGCCCGCGCCGCCCGAGGCACACACUCCCUGGAUGAAGCUCUACUUGUACCAUGUCGCCGGGUACGGACCACCCACACUGCUGUUGACUAAGGGCACUCAACUGCGUGGAGUACCGCGGCUCCUCCUGGGGUACUCCCGGCUGGGCGUGUCGUGGUGGGGCGCGGAGGCGGCGCUGGAGGGCGCGGGCAGCGCGGCCGGCGCCCUGCCCGCCGCGCCCGCCCUCACGGCCGCCAACUCGGCGCUGCGCCGCGGGCCCGUGCUGCUGCAGGCGCUCGGCGUGCGCCAGCCCGCGCCGCUCAGACAUCUCAUGUUCCCGCCUGAAGCUGAUACCUGCACAGAAUCACAAGCGCUAUGGUCUCGUCACGCUGGUCUGCGUCGCUUGUUGAAGAGACUGCGACUGACUCGCUCCGUCGGCUACGUCACGUUGGCAGACAUCGGCGUGCCAGACCUAGGCUGUGCCAGACCACCGGCUACCGUGCAAUUAGUACAACAAAGAAAGAAGAAAGAUAUAUGCGGUAUAGCGAAGCCUAUCAGCGAAGUAUCGUUAUCAUCGACGGAAUCCGCAGAGAGGUACACGGAGGAGUAUUCCAAGAACCUGACCAGGUUGCAGUCCCCCAUAGAGUCCCACUUCGCCGUCACCCCCACCACUGACAGCAAGAACUCCUCCCCAGCCAACGGGUUCACCAGCGUCGAGUCUGGACAACUACUCUGUGACGAACUAGACAACUUAGCGCUCGAUGACGUCACGAAACACGCCCACAGCAAGGAGUCCAUAGCUAACAGCGAUGACCUCGUCCCCAUACAUUCCUCUUCCACCAGCAUCGAAGACCUCAAAUCUGAUAAAAAGCAUUCCAAAGAACACUCCACAAGCAAAGAAUCCAUCGCGUUAUCCGACGAUCUCGUUCCGAUACAUUCUUCGUCUGUCAGUAGCGAGAAUUUAAACAAAAAGUGCGACCGGUCGGUCAACCAGUUGGAGGAUUUGUUGAGUCCGGCUGAGGAGUCGAUCUCUAUGUUUACUCAGUUGAACGACAAGUUGACUGAGAUGUCGGACGCGCAGGGCGACAGUGGCGUGGACACUGCUCAUUAUGUAUCUGAUGAUGAAACUUGUAGACCAGAGAGAUGGACAAUAGUAGAUCUCCAGUUCGGCAUACCGCUGUUUGACGAAGCGCUAUGUGAGAAGAUUUGCAAGUGUAUAGUAGAACGAAUAGCGAAACCUGAACUACUGGAGAAGGUGAAAGAAGAUAAUGAAUUCAUACGUUCCGAUAUAUUGAAGUUUGUGUCGCAAUGUCAGUACUACCCCGGCGAAGAUAUGGGAAUAGUAAAACGUGGUUCCUUAGUUCCAUUACCGAGAAAGAAUCUGGCGUUCGAGAACGGCAGGAUCAGUGAGUGGACAGGCAAAUGA